CAAUGCCAAUAACGAGUACUUCUCGAUUCCAUAUUAAAUAGAUAAUCUAUUUUAAGAAUUACUUGUCUUCGAAGAUCGAUACUAAAAGGGGUCAGACAAAUAUGAUGUGAUUCAAAAAUUAAUUGAUUUAUAUGCUGUUUUAAUAGAGCAUUAUGACAGUAUUCAAGUAAUAAAUAACAGCUAAUUGUAGGAUCCAGUGGGAUAUUAUUUUAAUGAGAAAUUGUAAUCAUUGUUCACAUGUUAACGGACUUUGAAGACUAUACGUAAAAUAAAUCAAGAUCAAGGUACAUUUGUGCCUUUACAUUCUUAAAGCUUGAUUAUUUAAGAAACAAAAAGUAUAGAAAAUAGUUAAGAGAGUACAAAAAUAAAAGUAUUAAUAUAAUAAUAAUAGAAAAGUAAGAAAAUUGUAUUGAAUAAAAGAAAAGAGAAAGAUAAACGAAAGCAAAGAUUGCUAUGGAAAUCUAAGAUUAGAUUGAAUGCAAUUAAAAUAGUUUAGAAAAUAUGAUACAAGGAUAUCAAAAAACUUCUGAUUAAAAUUAGAAGUAGAUAGAAGAGGACUUAAAAAGAUAAGAGGAUAACUUUAUAUAAAGAAGAUAAAAAAGAGAGAGUAAAUUUUCCAUAUUGAUAACAAGAAACAAAUUAAAUGAGAAGAUCGAGUAGAAUGUGUUCAACUAAAUGCAGUACAGAAAAAUUGGAUGUUUUUGAUAGUUGUAUAGAAUUUUCAAAUGGAAAAUAAGAAUAAAUGAGAGAAUUGAAUAAUAAUAAACUGAUGUAGUUUUUAAAAGAAUAAUCAGAUAAAGUGAGUUCAGAUAAAAUUUAAUCUCAAGAAUCUGCAUAAAUAGAGGAAGUCCAACCAUUUGAAGAUUUGAAAGUAGAGGAAAUGGAUGAAGUUGAAAAUAUUAUACCUCCUAGAAGACAAAUUAGAGAAUCAUCAUCUGAAGACAUUAUGGAUACUCCUCCAUAGUAAUAAAGAAAGGUUAAGUAAUUUGGAAUGAUUGACAAUAAUGGAGAUUUACUAUUAUUGGAAGAUGAAUAAAAUUUGAUCAGUGAUUUAAAUAUUGAAUUAAACAAUAAUUAGAAUGGAAGCUGA